UGGGAAAAAACCUGCCCAGUUCUGCGCGAUUUUGAGUCCCUUUGUUUUUUUGGUGUAAUCUGAACACUCGUAACGCCUGCGCGUCUACCGAUAUACAAAGUCGUCGUCGUCGUCGUCGUCGUCGUUCAGUGUGCCAACUGCUUAAAUCAUUUGACAAAAACAUAAUUGAGUGAGAAAUCGAAAACUUGUGCUUGGUUGAACUUGGUGGAACACAUUUGGAUUUAUGGAUUCCCUCUUGAGAGCUGCUUAAAGAUCCACAAAUAACCGAAUCACGUGUAACACCGGUGGAAAUUGGUGAUAACAGGCCGUGCAAACAUCAUCGCAUAAAAGCGGCCAAGAAACACGACUCGGAGACCUCGCCGGAAACCCGCUCCAGAAGUCAACAGUUGGCCAGAAGCAGAAGCAGAGACAGAAGCAGAGACAGAAAGCCGACUGCAAGCAGCUCAAUCGGUUGGCCCGCUCUCGGCGUGCUGGCAUUUCAUUUACCUGGUGCGCGGCGUUACGUGGUCUCGAUCCGAGCUUUGGGUCUACCCGCCAAAAAGAAAGUCACGACAGUACCCGCCAGUCUGCGGCAGAAACGAGAUUUCCAAGAUUCUGCAACGAAAGUCAAAGUUACAAGUUUACUCCAAAUUCGAGUUUGAGUUUGAGUUCGAGUUUGAGUUGGCCCGGUUCAACGUCUUUCCACUUUUGGGUCGACUCCGCCGCUGCUCCGUCUGUGCCACAUUUAGAAAGUGAAAAUCGAGUGCAGCCCGUGUCCGAAACUGAGUCUGAAUCCGAAUCGGAAUCCGUGGCUCCUACCAUUCGGGCGCUGCAGUUGAAAGUGAAUUCAAGCUGCAAGUGAUUUUCGGGCCUUUGUUUUUUUUGUUGUUUUGUUGUUUUUUUUUUGUUGUUGCCGCCACCUUCGGCUCGAUCCAUCAGUAGCCGAGUUAUUUAGCUACUUGGAGCCACACUGCCACUGCCACAAGCACUUCGCGUCUCGUUCAUUGAUCGAUAGGAACCGAACCGGCAUUGGAGACCAGCCACAAUGGAGGCCGAAGAAGUUACAAAACUGGUGGAUGGCGUUUAUAGGAACAUACUCGACAGAUUCAAUCCGGGUGCCAGGCAGCUGAUCGCGGCGGGCAAGAGCUACCUCAAGGCGUUGCAUGGUGCCGCAACCGCCUCGCGUCUAUUCAAUGAAGCAUUGGCCAAGAUUGCAAUGAACGCCCAGCAGAGCGGAACGGGCGAUAUUGGUUCGGCUUUGAUGAGCGUUGUGAACGUCAACAAGGACAUACAGGAGCAGCAGAUGAAUAUUCUGAAAGCCUUCUAUGUGGAUCUAUUGCUGCCAUUGGAGACAAACCUGGAGAAGGACACAAAGGUGGUGCAGCACGAGCAGAAGAAGUUCAUGCAGCAGCACAAGGUGCGCAUGGACAGCUACCAGAAGGCCGUCUCCACCAUGAAGAAGCAGCGCAAGAAGAAGGCCACGCCCGAGAACACCGAGAAGGAGCUGAGGAGCCUGCAGGUGCUGGAGGACCAAAAGAAGAAGCUGGAUGUGUUCUGCGAUCAGAGCUACAAGAAUGCCAUGACACAGGAGCGACGUCGCUAUGGGUUCGUCUUGGAGCGCCAGUGCUCGAUCGCCAAGCACUGGAUGGCCUAUCACACCACCGGGAAGACGGUAAUUGAUAAUAAUUUCGAAAAUUGGCAAGAAAUUGCCGCUUCUCGUGAGAUCAUUCCGCCGUCCGCGUACGAGAGCGGCUACAGCAGCAGCAGCAACAACAACAACAACAACAACACGAACAUGAGACGCCUGGAGCGCAUCAAAGACGGAGACGACGACCAGGUCCACACCCAGCUGAAAAAGUCGCGGAGCAUCGACGCCCCCUACGGGGAUAUGCGCACCCUGCACGAGCGUGAGAACAUCGGCGGAGUGGGGUCAUCGCACUAUGCCCAGAACUCGCUGCCACGCGCCAAGUCCGACUUCAAUCUGGCCCUCGUGGGCACUGGCCUAGGCUCGGGCAACAAACACAAGAUCAUCGAGGAACACUUGGCGCCACAUAGCGACGAUCAGCGCGGGGACCAGCGUCCGCUGGUCAAGGCCCUCUACGCCUACAUGCCCUCCGGGGAGAACCAGCUGUCCUUCGAGGAGGGCGACCGCAUCGCAUUGGUGGGCGGCAAGGCCAAGGGCUGGCAGUUCGGCGAGAACCUCCGCACCCAGCACUUUGGCUGGUUCCCGGUGGCCUACACAAACGCGCUUGAUACCGGCGAGGUGGUGCCCUCCACCGGCAGGCGGUACGAGAACAUGCACAUGAGCUACGAGCGCAACGGAGCAGGGAUCGGAAUGGGGGCCGGAGCCGGUGGAGGUGUAGGUGGCGGUGGCGGUGCCGGUGCCGGUGGUAGUACCGGUGGCGGUGCCCUGCGCAGUUAUCACGACCAGAAGCAGCAGCAGUACAUGUCGGAGGCCCAGCUGGAGCUGAUGGACAACGAUGCCACGUACAGGAGGAGACGCAACCACAGUGCCGAGGAGUCCUCGCCCACGCGCAUGUUCGGCGACACUCUCAAGCAGCAGAAGAAGUACCGCGCCGGCUCCGGGGCGAAUCCACGUCCGGGCCCGCCGCCCACACUGCCGGCACCAGUGCCCACCGGGCAGCAGAGCCAGUCCUCGAGGAUGCUGAACAGCUCGCAGAGCUUCUGCGCCACCAAUGGAGUUCCGGCCGCAGUCGAGAGACGCAAGCAGAAGCUCCUGAACGGAGCCCAGAGCUCCAUGAGCCAUCCAUCGGGCAAGUCUGGAGUGGCGGCAAAGACCUCGCUCCACAGCAGCAACGACAGCGGCUUCGCCAAUGAGCCGCCCCCGCAGCCGGAGGUGGACUACUCGGACGAGGAGACCGCCACGCAGCGUGUGCCCAUUCGGCGCCGAGCCGAUACCAACUCGCACACGCACACGGUGCCCCGGGACGUGGCCUCGUGGACCCUGAACCGGAACUUCCGCAACAGCGUGGACAGCCAGAUGGACGACAAGAGCAUGCACCGGCUGAGCCGCCAGAACGGGGUCGGAGCCGGCAAGAUGCGCUACGAUCUGAUUGCCUCGGAUGACGAGAUCCUGCAGGCCUCCAGUGCGGGCCUGAAGCGGACCAAGUCGUUCUGGAAGUUCGGAGGAGGACGUAGUGGCGAGGACAUCCUGGCUGGGAUGUCGCUGUGGCAGCACCGGGACUUGGUGGCAGCACCCAAUCUCGAGGAGAUGCGGGACCGCGAAGAGGCGGAACGCCGCUCGGACGAGGAUCGCAACGUGAAUGGAAACGGCAGUGGCAGUGGCAAUGGCAAUGGUAAUGGGAAUGGAACGCUGACCAAGUCGCACAACUCCAGCUCGUCGCAGGAGAAGCGGGGACGCAAGGACAGCCUCACCAGCACGGAGGCCUACGGGGAUGAGGAUGAGAACAUCUAUGGCGUGAGUCAGCCCCCUCAGCAGCACCACCAACAACAACAGCAACAGCAACAGCAGCAGCAGCUGCAGCAGAGGAGCAGCUACACCCCCAAGUCGCGCAUGAAGAUCAUGAAGACCAUUGAGAUUGACAUCGAGGAGCCCACGGAGAGCGAGCGGCUGAGCACAAUGCGCCGUGGCCAGUCCCAGUCCCAGUCCCAGAUGCAGCAACAUCAGCAGGCACAACCACACCGUAAGUUGGACAAGCAGGGCUCCGGGUCCUCCUCGACGCCGCAGCACAAGACGCAGACCCUGAGCCGGUCCAAGCCCUCCCAGCAACAGCAGUUCCCCCUCUCCACCGACGAGGGCGAGAGCGAUGAACACGGAACGCUCAAGUUGAGCGACGUGAACAACUUCUUCGACGACAUGCAGCACGACGGAGGCCCCAGCAAGGGUGGACACGGACAUGGACACGGCCACGGCCACGGACUGGUCAUGAAGACGGUGAAGCGCCAGGACAUCCUCAAGCAGUACUACACCAGCGAGGACGACGAGUCUGACGCCGAGCUGAAGUCAACCAGCUCUGAUCCUUACGACUGCAUCGUCAUCAACGAUCAUCUGGUGCGCAAGGACGACAAGCUGCGCCGCCAGCACCAUCAGCAGCAGCAGCAGAUGGAGUUCCACACCUUCCGCUCCUCCACCUCCACCACAGCGACCAACACGCUGAAGAAGUCCUCCUCCAAGGAGCAGGACAGCACCUUGACCCGCAAUGCCGCAGCAAAUGCAAGUGCACCCACGGCCACCAUCCUGCCGCGCACACGACUCCUCAAGUCCUCCUCCGCCAGCCACAGCAACAACAACAACAUCAACAGCAGCAGCAGCAACAACCACAGCCACAACAGUGCCACGCUGGAGAGGAGCUCAAAGGCCCUGACGGGCAACAAGAGCUACGGGCCGUGGUACGACUUCUGGGACCAGGAGCAGCACGGCAUCACCGGACAGAAGUCGGCGAGUGCCAAGCUAAAGUGAGACUGGUCCAGGAACCAGGAACAGUGUCAGGAUCGGGACUGGACUGGACCAGAGCCAUGCCAAGAAAAUGAAGUUUCGCCGUUUUCUUACCGGAUAAGAAAAUGCGCAGAGAGCGUGAAAGAUGGCCAGGAAUACGAGAUUACCGCUGAGGAAUGAAUGAAAGAGCCCAUAUCUCCAGUUGUGCUCCUAUUCCUGCAUCUGUUCUGUUUCAAUUCUGUUUAAAUUUGAAGAUAAUUCUUAGAUAUAUUUUAAUGCCAGACAAUCUUCCACUGGCAAGGCAAUUUUUGUUUUUUUUUUUUUAUUAUGUACAUACAUAAUUAAUAUUAUACAUAUUUUAGUUGUAAGCUGUAUCUAAAGAACCAGUCCAUAAGGAGGAAGCUUCAUGGCUAACAUGGGCACCGUACCGUACCGCCUCCUCAUUGCAAACUUUCUUCGCUUUCUGUGCAGCAAAACGCCCCACAGCGUGGGGCUGCAUUCAUUCUCGGUCGCCUGCCACACAAUCGCACUCGUCUCCACAUCACUGAAUUUGUUUUCGUUUAGAUCUAAGCCCGUCCAAGCAUCAUGUUUCACUCUGUUAGUCCGGGGUCAACUCUAUUGCACGAGCCUGUUGUCGUCCCCGCCCCUGUACAUGUAAUCAAAGUAAUGCGAAUGUCAUUUGCCUUUCUAGCAGGCGCGGUGUGUACCGCAACUUUUCAAUAGAUUACUGAAAGCCAGACACAAAGUCCUGUAACGGGUGUGCGACCCAUCCUCAGCUAGCCCCAUCCCGCACGUAUUAGCUUGCACCUCCAUCCACCCGACCCGUAAGUAGAGGCGCGCUUGAAGGGUGCACGCUGGCACACUCUCUACUGGACAAGUGCCCUCCUCUUUUGCAGAGCCUCCCAGUUUGCCACAGUCAAGCUGCGACACACCAAGACCAACGAUCGCUCGGCACCAAUGAUAUAUCGGAGUGUGAACAAGUAGCAACGACAGCGGAAGGUGGAGUUUCUGUUGUGACCAGCCAGACAGCCAGCCAGCCAGCCAGCCAGUCGCCCAGUCGCCCAGUCGCCACCUGAGAGCUCCAGCCACACACACCACACACACACAAAAGCGAAUAAACCUACGAGCAUAAUAUACAAAUCUUACAUAUUAUAUUAUUGUCGCAUCUUAAAUUAAUAUUUACUUAAAUUAGAUGGUUCUCUGUUCAGUUGCUGCUGGGCCUGGAGUUUUUUUUGGUAGUCAUUAAGUUGUACUGUUUGUUAACAUUAUGUUUGUAUGUACUUGUAUGUUAAAGUUCGAUAUGUCUAUUCAAUUAUUACGCCGAAUAAACAGAGUAAAGUAAACA